AUGGAAGAAAGCAGCGGCAUCCGCCUCUCGGCGGAGUGCCUGGAUGAACCGCCCAACAGCCGUAUCUUCGUGGUGCUGGGCAAGGACACCGGGGAGGCGGUGAUCCGGGAGCGCUUCGCGCCCUUCGGGGACAUCCAGAACAUCUGGCUCCUGCGGGACAAGCGCACCAACGAGUCUCGCGGCAUCGCCUUCAUUAAGUUCGCCCGGAGCUCGCAGGCCUGCCGAGCCAUGGAGGAGAUGCAUGGCCGAAGCCUAGUCCCGGACACCAAGCCCAUCAAGGUAUUUAUUGCACAGUCAAGAGCUUCUGGAAGCCACAGAGAUCUUGAAGAUGAGGAGCUUACACGAAUCUUUGUUAUGAUACCAAAAUCCUAUACAGAGGAGGAUCUACGAGAAAAGUUUAAGAUGUAUGGAGACAUUGAAUAUUGCAGCAUUAUUAAAAACAAGACUACUGGAGAAAGUAAAGGUUUGGGCUAUGUGAGGUAUUUAAAGCCAUCCCAAGCUGCCCGAGCAAUUGAAGAGUGUGAUCGAAGCUACAGGGCCAUUUUGGCUGAACCUAAAAAUAAGUCAUCUGAGUCUUUGGAACAUGAUUAUUACAGUAAUAACACAAGGCAAGAACCAAGAGGAAAUACAUUUCCAUUUUGUGGGCAGCCAGAGUUUUGUAGUUUUGAAAAAAGUGAGAGCAGAAUUCAAGAGCCAGUCUCCAAACGUCUGUCAGUGGUGUCACGGCUUCCCUUUAUCCAAGAGCAGCUGUUCGCCCUCUUUGAUCUGGUUCCAGGACUGGAAUAUUGUGAUGUUCAGCGAGAUCCUCAUACCAAUAGUGGGUAUGCUGUGAUUCAGUACAGUACUGCUGCAUCAGCCAUUUAUGCCAAGUAUAAAUUGCAUGGGUUUGAGUAUCCUCCUGGAAAUCGAUUAACUGUUGUUUUCCUAGAAGAUGGGAGUGAUAGCUCAGACGUCAUCAGAAAAAUGGCAACACAACUGGUAACAGCACAAGUGUCAUCAGUGUUGCGGAAUAACAGUGCGAUUCAGUCAUUUGGAGGAACUUCUGGCUCACAAUUACUUCAGCCCCAAACAGAUGCCAUACUUCCACCACACAAAAAAAAAGUUCCACCUGAUACUACUGUGAAGGAAAGGCUUUUCAUACUUUUUCAUCCCCAUCCUUUACCUGUAAAUGUGUUGGAGGAUGUGUUCUGUCGUUUUGGACACUUGAUAAAAGUCUACCUUGUGGCUGGAAAAAAUGUGGGCUAUGCAAAAUUUGCAGACAGAGCAAGUGCCAGUGAUGCCAUAACUGCGCUACACGGCAAGAUUGUGAAUGGUGUCAGGCUUAAAGUAAGGUUGGCAGACUCACCCACAGAAGAAUCUAACAAACGCCAGAGAACCUACUGAGCAGGUGAGUACCCAGUCUUAGCUGUUACUUAUACUGACGUUCAACUGGUUCAGAA